GUUUUCAACUCAGUGUGAGAUAGUAAGGGGGGGUGUAUAGCCUGGCCUGACUACACACAUUCUCUCCCCCCCUUUUAAUUACAAACAGAUGCCUCUUACUAAACCUCCACCACCAGCACCCAAGCCUGAAUUCGAUGAGCCUUCCACACCCAAAGAUUUCAAUAAAAAGUUCAAGUCCAAGGAAACAACCAAAUACAUGAAUCCCUGUGCUGUGGAGGAAAAAGAAAGUAUGAAGUGUCUUGACGAGAAUAAUUAUGACAAAAGACAGUGCGAUUAUUAUUUUAUGCAAUACAAGGAGUGUAAAAAGCAAUGGAUGGAAAAUAGGCGUACACUUCGUAGAGCUGGACAGCUUUAAUUUAUGCAUAAAUUCUUCAACACUGCUAAUAAAAUGAACAAUUGUAUCUUUUUUUUUGAAUUUUGCGCAAGGAGACAUGUCCUAGGCGAAAAAAGGUGGGGAGUGGUAGUUUUUAUUUUAUUUUUUUUAAAAUAAGUGAACGAUUGGAGAGAUUUAAUCGAAAA